UUUUCAUAUAAAAUGGUACGUUGAACAGUCAUACAUACAAAAGCUAUUCGUAUGUUUAGAACCAGACUUUAACCUCUAGGUUGGAAGUACACUUUCGCAGAAAAACAUGUGGCAUUCAAAUAUUCUUUUAAGCCUGAUCCUUUGUGCCGUUUUAAUAACCAAGAAAACAGAAGCAAAUGCAGCGACCUGUGAACAGAAAGAAAAGAAUAUCGCAGCUUUAGAUUUUGCCACAGAGGCGAUCUCUAAAGCUAAAAACCUUCAACCAACUUGUGUUAAUGAUGGCAAAAGUGUUUCUUCAAAUGCCAGUGAAUGCGGUGUUAAGGAAAGAGUGUCGGGAUAUUUGGAUGUUGCGAUGACUUUGAUUGAAGAGGCCAAAAGGAACUACUCGGCUUGUGAUGAUACAGAUACUACGAAAGUCGUACAUAUCCUCAAUAAUCCCGUCGAUUGCUCAGAUAUCCUGAAAAGAGGCGACAACGAAAGUGGCGUGUACACCAUUUGGCCCAAGCAUCGCGUGAUGAGAGGCAAACCAUUAGAAGUGUAUUGUGACAUGGAUACUGAUGGGGGAGGAUGGACGGUGAUCCAAAGAAGAGGUAAUUUCUCAAACAUAAUUGAUUUUUACCGGAACUGGAAUGAAUACAAACUCGGAUUUGGAAAUCUAACUGAAGAAUUUUGGAUCGGCAAUGAGAACAUAUUUGCUUUGACCAACCAAAAUAACUAUAUCGCCCGUUUUGAUAUGAAGACAAUUGACAAAAAAUACUACUACGCCACAUAUUCUACAUUCUGGAUUGAUGAUGAAAAUGCUGGUUAUAUGCUGCAUAUUGGAAAGUACAUCGGCACUGCUGGAGACGGAAUCAGAAGCUCUGACAAAGCAAAAUUUUCAACAAAAGAUAAGAGAAAUGAUAAAUCGAAUACUGUAUGCGCAUACAUUAAAAUGGGUGGUUGGUGGUACAGUGACUGCGGUCUCAGCAACCCAAAUGGUGUGAAUGUCCCAAGAGGUCAAAAUGACAAGCAAUUCAUGAAUUGGGAGCCUUUGACUAAGUACAACCCCUUGUUGGAGAUUGAAAUUAAGAUUAGAAAGAUGUAAAGGGCAUGAAUACUUUUAGGCCGAUCAAGCAAUUCAGGCAACCACAGGAUUUUUUUUUUUUUUUUUUU